UAGGUGUGUGACGAUGACGACCCCAUCGCCCGCUGGUUUUACCAGUGCAAUCAGUCAACGUCGGGCAGUUUGUGGCGAGCUAUUGAGGAGUAGCGAGCCCACGUACCUACCUGAGUGUUCUUGGGGAGUUGUAUCACCGGAAAAGUGGGUCGGUGUCGGUAUCGUGGGUCGGUACAGGAUUCUCCGCCUCUGGCUUGCCUUAGUCGGCCAUCCAGAAUGGAGUCGCGAGAGUUGCGUUCUCUAAAGUAGACGUGGAAACGUAAGUGGAGAGAUGGCCAUAUGUUCAAAGUCCAGUGAAAUGUCUCUACCCUCAGACCUCAUACCAGUGUUGCCCUUGAGCCAUCCCAGAUGUCGCUUUUUGUGACUCAUCCCCACAAGACGGGCCUUGUAGGGACGAGUCACAGUCUGGCAGAAAUAAAAUUGUAUACCGUUUUAUUAGGCAGGCGUCCGAUUUUUUAUCCCCAAGUCCAGUUUUUAGUCCAUCGCUUUAACCCAUCAAUUUAAGAACACAAUCGCAAUACUCUCUAGGUCAGGCCAUCUUUCCAUCACCACAAACUUUUCUUAACACAUAAAAUGAAAAUAAGGGAACAUGAUUAGGUACUUAUUCGAAAGUCUGCUCUUACUGUGCGUCUGCGCAGGCCUCAAAGAUACUUAGUACCUUUAAAUUUCGCUAACCUGCAUCUGAACUGUCCCAGGGCUCCGGAGGAAUAGACACUGUAAACCCAAACCGCAUACAAUCUUACACAAACAGUUUAGAAAAGACAGCUAAAUAAUACCUAGGUACCUAAUUACAGACUGGCAGACAAAAUCAACAUUGAUCUUUACACAUAAAUAGUCCUGUUUGUUUUGUUUAUUAUAUAUUGAUAAAACUCAUUAACAUAGUAUUAAUAUAGUAGUUUAAUUAACACAGUAAGUAUUACCGACCAAAAUUUACCGGUGUCUUCGAGCCAAAUAAUUAUGGACCCUCCUAAAUCGAAUAGGUAAUUAUACUAUCAGAGACGGGCAUCGUCGGUCUCUUGAACAACUACUACUGCCGUAGCACAGCCGCGAAACCGUUGGAUUAAUGCUGGCCGUCUAUUACCCCCUCGAUUGAUUUAGAGCAAUUGCUCUACUAAUUAAUUAAAGAACCAAUACAUCCGCCUCCGCUCGGGAGAGGUGGGGAGCGAGGAUUAAUUACAGCGCCGACCCGCGUGCCCAUAAACAAAAAGCCAGCAAUAAUUCCAUUAAGGCCUAAAACUAACCCCGCCGUAAUAAAUCUGUGUGCGGCGCCCAUUACUCGCGGACGAUAACGUGCCGCCCAUCGGCCGCGCCGCCCGCGUGCGCGACGCCGCCACCCCGCGCAUAUCGACGUCUCCUGACCACAUCUGAGUUGCGUCACCAAAUUAGAACUUGCAAUCUAUGAAAACAACUUUUCCUAUUUUCCUCGACGUACCGUUACAAGAGGAAGGGCAAGGCGGCGAUGCCGGCCCCGCCCCUGGGCGGCUCGAAUGGGCGCGCGCCGCAGCGGCAAGCCCACGCCUCUGUCAGUGCUCCCGUACGCUCCGGCCCUGACGCACGCGUUCGUUAUCUCACCUGGGCCGAUAUCUCAUCUCUUCAUCUAUCCUAAUCUGAUUGAACGUACUUUAGUGAUCGCGUCGUGUGUGCUUGGUGAUUCCUACAUACGAGUAUAGCUGACGACUGAACGAUUUCAGUCGAGCGGACCCAUUAAUAUUUACAUAGGUUACAGAAAAGAAUGGUAAUUGCUUGAUCCUAUUGGAGGCAGCAGAAUGUUCGGAAGCAACGCAGGAGGAUAUACGGGCAGCGGCGACUGCGCCGAGGGCUACGGUCUGGGCUACGUGGCGGGUGGAGGCCGCCUGCAGCAGUACGCCCAUUUCCCGCAUCAGAACGUCUGGCAUCACCAUCACACUCCGCACCACGACACUUACGGCAGUAGCAGCGUUGGUGGCGUCGGCUCCAUGGCUGGCGGCCUGUAUCCCCAGAACAUGGUGAUGGGUUCCUGGUGCGCCCCAUACGACGCACUGCAGCGCCCUCCUGCAUACGAUGGCGGUCUGGAAUCUUACGAAGAGGGUCGUGAGUGUGUUAACUGCGGCGCCAAUAACACCCCGCUGUGGCGCAGGGACUCCACGGGGCACUACCUGUGCAACGCAUGCGGCCUCUACCACAAGAUCAACGGCGUGAACCGGCCGCUCGUCAAGCCCAGCAAGCGGCUGUCGGCUGCGCGGCGCCAUGGGCAGUGCUGCACCAACUGCGGGUCGCGCAACACCACGCUGUGGCGGCGCAACAACGAGGGCGAGCCCGUCUGCAACGCCUGCGGACUCUACUACAAGCUGCAUGGAAUUAAUCGGCCGUUAGCAAUGCGGAAGGACGGGAUUCAAACAAGGAAAAGAAAACCGAAAAAGUCUGCUAAUGCAGCUAAAUCUGCACAAGAAAGUUCCAAGAAAGAAGGACAAUGUUCACCCGGUGUUGAUGAAAGCAAGCCAAGCGUUUCAGAAGUGCCAUUACCUUUAACGGCAUCCAUGUCUAGUCACGGGUCCUUGUCGAAGGCCCGCGCAGAGGCACAUUCGUCGGAAACGUCCCCUCACACGCACUCCCACAGCCAAGGGCACGGGCACACGCAGUACCCCCUGGGCCUACCCGCGGCUCCUGGCUUCCUCUCUAAUCCUUCGAUCUUCAACAUUAAGAGUGAGCCAAAUGCCCCCAACGGCUACGACGGAUAUGCGACUCACUCUGGCAGCCAUUACCACUCGCAACAGCACUACUUACACGCAUUACAGUACGGCCUCGGUAACAGCGAAGAAGAGGAAGGUAGCGGGUUUCUCCACCAGCGCAACGUGACCGCACACGCCAAGCUCAUGGCCUCCACGUAGCGCUCCCCGAGCCUGUCUACUGGACGACUACACUCAUUCAUAGCUACACUUGAAUACUAUGUCAUUUAGGUGAACCUUACACAAGUGGAACUGUGCGGGAUAACAGUGGCGUAGCCGUGGCACCGCGCGGGCAACGCAUUGUGAAACAAUAUCGCCCCACCAAUGCAUUCCACAAAUUAGAUAAUGAACAAAUGCCAAGGAAUCUGUCUUACAAUUAGUUAUAAGUCUAUGAUGUAAGUUAUGUAUAUAACAAACGUUUGAAAUAUUUAUGAAUACUGUUUCAAUACUAUUGGAUGAGACAAACUAGUUCUGCCAUAUUCAAUCUAAAUUCUAAUUUGUUCUUCUGAUUCGGUCACGUUAUACAUAUUUGUAAAAACAGAUUAUAUUUGACUGACUAGACUACUACUUAUUCCACUAAAGUACUGCAAAUAACUACAACACCAGCGGGCCUACAACAAACUUUGAAAAUGUGUAUUCCAUCUCUGUCACUCCAAUUUAGUGUGAAUAAUAGACAAUACUCCAAUUCCGAUGUUCCAUGUAGCCCCUGUAAUAAUGCCUUGAUACAAAGUCUGAAUACUUGUAUGGAUUCAAGAGAAAAUAUGCGUAAAUUCAAAAAUGGUUCAAAGCAUGACUUCCAUGACUGCAAGUGAAAUAUUGUGAAAAAGAAACUUGAACUAACCCUUAAAGUGUGAUUUGAUAGUAAUUCCAAUGAAGAUAGGUAAUUACUGUAAACGGAGUAGUAUUAUUUAUAGACUGUAAGUUAAAUAAAUGGCAUUUAUAAUUACAUAUUUGUACAUAGUUUUAGAUUUAAUAGUUUGUACGAAUUUUAUUUCACUAACAAACACAGACUUUGUCACCAAAUUGACAAUAUCACAUUAAAGUUAGCUAAAUAAUGCCACAACAGUUAUCUACACAAUAUAUUAUGUUGUACAUAAUAUUAUAUUACAAAAAUAUACCCAUAAUGUUUGAUCACA